AUGAAGUACAAAGCGGGCUUGUCUUUCUCAGCUGGCUCUUUCUUCCAGGCAUCGGCUAGCUACGGCCACGAGGAGCAGCACAAUGGACCAACCCAGAACCAAAACAGCCACAUGCAGAAGACCCUUUCAUGGGAAGCCCGUGGUGGAGAUACAAUCGUUUGCAAUGAUCCUCCAAACUGGCGUCCCACUGUGAAGCCGUUCGCGAAUUGGAGAAUUAUCAACCAAAAAGAUGUCGCACCGAUGACAGAUUUCAUUGGAAAGUUCGAAAAGGGCGAAGAGGUCCCACAGAAGAUCAAGAAAAUCAGGGAUGCCAGCAGAAAGGUAGUCGACUGCCAAUUCCGUCUGAGAGCGAAGGGCAAGGUAGGUGUUCCCAACGGUGAAUUCUACGGCCUCCGCACGGACGACCAGACCCGACUAAUAAAAAAGGUACUGGAAAAGUAUGCAGAGGAUCUACGCAAAGGGAAGAGCGAUGAUGAAAGGAAGAAAGUGGACAAGCACAUCGAACAGCUGGCGACUCGUAUGGAGUCCUCUGACUUCACGGUUCAAUGGGCGGAGCAUGUCGGAAUCCACCAUUACGACGCCGGCUGUAUUUUCGAGAUCAAAGUUGAAACCGUGCUCAAUGACCACCCAGAGCUGCAACUUGGAGUGGCCUACAAACUUCACAACAAACAUCGCCAUAGUUGGCUUAUGGCCGAUACCAAAGGCACAUACCACGAGGACCAUCACUACUUCGGGUAUUUGUUCUAUGGUCGGGAGGACCGUGCCUCGAAGUUCAUGUUCAACCUGCCUAAUGCCCGAACCGCUAGUGGUGGCAUUCGCCAUGGCAUGGCGGUGGAACUGGUCUUGUGUGAUGAAGAGGACCAACCGGCUGCUGUCGUGCAGCGAUUUGUCCAUAAUGAGACGACGCUGCUCGUCAGUGAGUACGGCGACAAUGUCACCAAUGAUAACACUAUUGCUCACCCUGCGACCUUGCAGUACGUGAACUAA